CGCGUCGUCGUCCGGCGCAGAGCUGGGCUGGCCGUGGCGGGUGUAGCUCGUUUCGUGGCGUGAGCCGAGGUGUUGCUGUCCGUUCCUCCGCCUUUCGCUCUUUGCCUUGUCCGGGUCUCAGCGGCCCGGAGCCGGCCAGUCAUGGAGCCAUCGGCGCGUCUCGCGCGGCCCCGCUGAGCUUCCGUGCCGCGGCGAGCGCGGCUCGGGGUCACCAUGCCCACCCGAGUAUACUGCUGCUGUUCUGCUUUGCGUCCUCGUUACAAACGCCUAGUGGACAACAUAUUCCCUGAAGAUCCAAAAGAUGGCCUCGUUAAAGCUGAUAUGGAGAAAUUGACAUUCUAUGCAGUAUCUGCUCCUGAGAAACUGGAUCGAAUUGGUUCUUACCUGGCAGAAAGGUUGAGCAGGGAUGUUGUUAGGCAUCGUUCUGGGUAUGUUUUAAUUGCUAUGGAGGCAUUAGACCAACUUCUCAUGGCUUGUCAUUCUCAAAGCAUCAAACCAUUUGUAGAAAGCUUUCUUCGUAUGGUAGCAAAGCUGCUGGAAUCGGGGGAACCAAAGCUUCAAGUUCUUGGAACAAAUUCUUUUGUCAAAUUUGCAAAUAUUGAAGAGGACACACCCUCCUAUCACAGGCGUUAUGACUUUUUUGUGUCUCGAUUCAGUGCCAUGUGUCAUUCCUGUGACAGUGAUCCAGAAAUACGAACAGAAAUCCGAAUUGCUGGAAUAAGGGGUAUUCAAGGAGUGGUUCGCAAAACGGUUAAUGAUGAACUUCGGGCUACCAUUUGGGAACCCCAGCAUAUGGAUAAGAUUGUUCCAUCCCUGCUGUUUAACAUGCAGAAGAUAGAAGAAGUGGACAGUCGAAUAGGCCCUCCGGCUUCUCCUUCCACAGCUGACAAAGAAGAGAAUCCCGCUGUGCUGGCAGAAAACUGUUUCAGAGAACUGCUGGGUCGAGCAACUUUUGGGAAUAUGAAUAAUGCUGUUAGACCUGUCUUUGCGCAUUUAGAUCAUCACAAACUAUGGGAUCCCAAUGAAUUUGCAGUUCAGUGCUUUAAAAUUAUAAUGUAUUCCAUUCAGGCUCAGUAUUCGCACCAUGUGAUCCAGGAGAUUCUAGGACACCUUGAUGCUCGUAAAAAAGAUUCUCCACGUGUUCGAGCAGGUAUUAUCCAGGUUCUGUUAGAGGCUGUCGCCAUUGCCGCUAAAGGUUCCAUAGGCCCCACCGUCCUGGAAGUCUUUAACACCUUACUGAAACACCUGCGUCUCAGUGUUGACUUUGAAGCCAGUGAUUUACAGGGGAGCUCUGCCUGCAGUACCGCAUUAAGCACAAGUUCCAAAGACAGUGAUGAGAAGAUCGUGCAGAACGCUAUCAUUCAAACAAUAGGAUUUUUUGGAAGUAACCUGCCAGAUUAUCAGAGGUCAGAAAUCAUGAUGUUCAUUAUGGGAAAAGUGCCCGUUUUUGGAACAACUACCCAUAAUUUGGAUAUCAGUCAACUAGGGGAUUUGGGAACAAGGCGAAUUCAGAUAAUGUUGCUGAGAUCUUUACUUAUGGUAACCUCUGGAUACAAAGCCAAGACUAUGGUUACGGCACUGCCUGGGUCCUUUCUGGAUCCUUUGUUAUCGCCAUCUCUCAUGGAAGACUAUGAACUAAGGCAGUUAGUCUUGGAAGUCAUGCACAAUCUUAUGGAUCGCCAUGAUAAUAGGGCAAAGCUUCGAGGGAUCAGAAUAAUACCAGAUGUAGCUGACCUAAAGAUAAAAAGAGAAAAAAUUUGUAGACAAGAUGCAAGUUUUAUGAAAAAGAAUGGGCAGCAACUAUACCGGCACAUAUAUUUGGGCUGUAAAGAGGAAGACAAUGUUCAGAAAAACUACGAGCUACUUUAUACUUCUCUUGCUCUUAUAACUAUUGAACUGGCCAAUGAAGAAGUGGUUAUUGAUCUCAUUCGAUUAGUGAUUGCUUUACAGGACAGUGUGAUUAUCAACGAGGAUAAUUUGCCAAUGUUCCAGCGCUGCGGAAUCAUGGCGCUGGUUGCAGCAUACCUCAACUUCGUCAGUCAGAUGAUAGCUGUCCCUGCAUUUUGCCAGCAUGUUAGCAAGGUUAUUGAAAUUCGAACUAUGGAAGCCCCUUAUUUUCUGCCAGAGCAUAUUUUCAGAGAUAAGUACACGCUUCCAAAGUCUUUAGAGAAGCAUGACAAAAAUUUGUAUUUUCUGACCAAUAAGAUUGCCGAGUCACUAGGUGGAAGUGGAUACAGUGUUGAGAGAUUGUCCGUGCCAUAUGUACCACAAGUAAAAGAUGAAGAUCGACUUUCUAGAAGAAAAAGUAUUGUGGACACUGUAUCCAUUCAGGUGGAUAUCUUACCCAACAGCGUCCCUUCUGAUGAUGUGGUUAGUAACACUGAAGAAAUCACCUUUGAAGCAUUGAAGAAAGCAAUUGAUACCAAUGGAAUAGAAGAACAGGAAAAGGAAAAGAGACGUCUUGUAAUCGAGAAAUUCCAGAAAGCACCUUUUGAAGAAAUAGCAGCACAGUGUGAAUCCAAAGCAAAUUUGCUCCAUGAUAGGCUUGCUCAAAUAUUGGAACUCACCAUACGCCCUCCUCCAAGUCCAUCAGGAACACUGACCAUUACUUCUGGACAUGCCCAAUACCAGUCUGUCCCAGUUUAUGAGAUGAAGUUUCCAGAUCUGUGUGUGUACUGAGUGGCUUGAGAAGACCAUAGUAUUUUAAAGCCUAAAAGUUAAGGCCAAGCUGAGUUUUCAGGGUUUGUUUAAUGCAUAUGAACAGACUUCUUGAAAAUAAUGAUGGAACUUAUCUAACCAAAUGCUUGGCAUACCAUAUUAGAAAUUGUGAAACUAUGUAUUAUUUAGAGUGCUUCUGAAGAAUACAUUUAUGCCGUGUUAAUUUCUUUUGAGGUACCAGUUGGUUUUUAAAGUUGAACAUAUAUUGGUCUUACAGUAUUCCAUCGUUAAACAGUAUAUUUUAAACUUUUCACAAACGUAAUUUUUUAAAAAAACAUAAGCCUUCAGAAGAUUAAAAAAUAUAUGAAGUGACUACUGUGUUUCUUAAAUGUCUACACAACUGCUUAGACGUAGAAUUGCUUUUUUGGUCAUCUGCAAAAGCAAGUGCGUACAAGUAUCCUCCAAAUCCUGGGACUGCAGAACUCGUGGCUUCUGUCCCCAGGCGUUAGACAAGUUGUGAUUAGCCUCCCUCUGUGUAUUUACUGCAGUAAUACGUGAUAGGCAUCCCUAAACUUGUUUCUGGUAAUAAGACAUCUAUUGAAUUAGUAUUCCUUGAAUAUGACUCUAAAAAUCACUGUACGUUAAAUCAUCUAGUUCUUCUAAUACUGUGUUUCCUGCCGAGCAUUUGACUAUUCUACUUGAGAGGCUUAGAGCUUACUCUUGGAGUACCGAACUGUGCAAUAUUUUUUACAUCAUAAGAUGUAUUAGUUUACAGGCUAUGCUUUGAAAUUAUAGUCGUAUUUUGCUGUGGCUCCAUUAGGUAAAUGAGAUAUAUAUUUAGUAUAGAAAAGAAAAAGACAUUUUAAAACAGCUACUUGUUCACCUGUGAAGAGUCUGCACAUUUCUAUUUUUACUAAGAGCACAUUAAUUUACAUUUUAACAGCUGGCAUUGUUUUAAAUCCUUAUAAUCAAAAACUUCCCCAAAUGGACCUGUAGUUUGUAAGAUUUGACAGUAACCUGUAUGCAUCUCUGUUUAGGAUUCAUUAUGUCACAUUUGAAAAGAGUGCCUAUGGUUUUAGCAGUCAAGUUUGCCUAAGGAUGGUCAAUUAAACUGCAGCCGAUUUAAGCUACAGAUUAUGUAUAGAUUUUAAACCUGCACUGACAGACCUAUAGUGUUUUCUUAAAAGUAUGUGAAUUUCAUGGCACAGUAAAAAUUAACUUCCUUUGCAACUUAUAAAAUCUCUUAAGACAUUUUUAUAAAGACAACCUGUUUAUAAUCCUACCUUUUCAAAUUAGAUUUCUCUUUUCAUAAAACAAUAAUAAACAUAACACAUGAUAGCUAAAAAACCAGUUCAUUUUUGGCUUUUGUUUUUGUUUGGAAAAUCGCAUUAAAGAAUAGGAUGUUAACAGCUCUGUUUAUGAUUAUGUGGUAUGUUUAGUAGAAACAAAAACAUAGGAAAGUGAUAAUAGAACAGGCGUGCUCAAAAGAAGUUUUGAAUACUUAAACCAGAGUACCCUGUUCUCUGGAAACAUCUUGAAAGAGAGUCUAGUCACUUAAUUCUGUGAAAUGACAGUGACACAUCCUGGACUGUUGGUUAAAUGUAGAUAAACACCAUCUUGUGUUCAGAGUGACAGUGCCGUCCCCACUUGGGGGUUGGCAGCAUAGAGCAGCGGUCACCUGACUUCACCCCCGAUCGGGUAAAAUGUUUCACCACUUAAUAGACCAAGUUUUAUUUUUAUUUUUUUUUUUACUUUCUCUUUUUUUCUUCCGUUUUUAAAGAAGGAUAUUAAUUUUCAACUGUUAAUUUGAAAAAAAAUAUAUACAGGGGGACAUGCAAAACCAAUCAUCAUCCACUUGGAUGUCGUUUUAUAGAUUAACACUGUGUGCUUUUGUAUGACAAAAAUAUAAAUAAUUUAAUAGCAUAAGAAAAGAAGAUAUAUAUUCGUUUGCACUCAUGUGAAACACAAACUUUCCUCUACAGAAUUUUCUUGUUUCUCUGAGAUUUAAAAACGCAUGUAUUGCAUGUAAAGGAAAGCCAUUGUAAUUAACUGUGUACCACACCUUUCUCUUGGUCUCUUUGUAAACUGGUGGUUUGAGUUGUGUGGGGGUCUUUUUGAUUUGUUUGCCUUCAAUCACAGUAGACUUCUAUAUAUCCUGGAUGACUGAACUGGUCUUGUUAACUGUGAUUCUUGAGAAAUGGAUCUUUCCUUUGCCUUCUCCCUUACAUGGAUGCAAGAGAUUCUGCAGGUAAGAGGUAUGCAUACUGUACUGUAGCCUGUUUGGAUUUUGAAAGUUGUGGAUUUGUUGAAGUUCACUGUAUUGCUUUCUUUCCAUAUCUAUUGAAAACUAAUAAACUGUCGAUCGUUCUCUCUUUUGCUG